CGCUAGUGGCGGCCGCGGCGCCACCAUGGCGGUGCGGCAGGCGCUGGGCCGGGGCCUGCAGCUGGGUCGGGCGCUGCUGCUGCGCCUCACGGCCAAGCCUGGCCCGGUCUACGGCUGGGGGCGGCCUGGCCCAGCGGCGGGCUGGGGCCGCGGAGAGCGCCCGGGCUGGGCCGUAGGUCCCGGCGCGGAGCCGCGCAGAGUCGGGCUCGGGCUCCCCGACCGCUACCGCUUCUUUCGCCAGUCGGUGGCAGGACUGGCGGCACGGCUGCAGCGGCAGUUCGUGAUGCGGGCCCGGGGCGGCGCGGGCCCGUGCGGCCGGGCCGUCUUUCUGGCCUUUGGGCUGGGGCUGGGCCUCAUCGAGGAGAAGCAAGCGGAGGGCCGGCGGGCGGCCUCGGCCUGUCAGGAGAUCCAGGAGAUUUUUACCCAGAAAAACAAGCUGGUGCCUAACCCAUUGGAUACUAGACGCUGGCAGGGCUUCCAGCUGGAGGAGUAUCUUAUAGGGCAAUCCAUUGGCAAGGGCUGCAGUGCUGCUGUGUAUGAAGCCACCAUGCCUGCAUUGCCCCAGAACCAGGAGAUGGCAAAGACCUUGGAGCUUCUUCCAGGGAAAGAACCAGGUAUCAUCCCACAAGGAAGAAAGGAGACUCAAGCUGCAGGGGCCCCUGCCUUCCCCUUAGCCAUCAAGAUGAUGUGGAACAUCUCGGCGGGCUCUUCUAGCGAAGCCAUCUUCAGCACAAUGAGCCAGGAGCUAGUCCCAGCUAGCCGAGUGGCCUUGGCCGGGGAGUAUGGCGCAGUUACGGAUAGAAAACCCAAGGGAGGUCCCAAGCAGUUGGCCCCUCACCCCAACAUCAUCCGGGUUCUCCGCGCCUUCACCUCAUCUGUGCCGCUGCUGCCAGGGGCCCUGGUCGACUACCCUGAUGUGCUGCCUCCACGUCUCCACCCAGAAGGUCUGGGCCAUGGCCGGACACUGUUCCUCGUCAUGAAGAACUAUCCCUGUACCCUGCGCCAGUACCUUCGUGAGAACACCCCCAGCCCACACCUGGCCACCUUGAUGACCCUACAGUUACUGGAAGGAGUGGAUCAUCUGGUCCAACAGGGCAUUGCACACAGAGACUUAAAAUCUGACAACAUUCUCGUGGAGCUGGACGCAGAUGGCUGCCCCUGGCUGGUGAUCACAGAUUUUGGCUGCUGCCUGGCUGACGAGAGCAUCGGCCUGCAGUUGCCCUUCACCAGCUGGUAUGUGGAUCGGGGUGGAAACGGCUGCCUGAUGGCUCCUGAGCAGGUGUCCACGGCCCAUCCUGGCCCCAGGGCAGUGAUUGACUACAGCAAGGCUGACGCCUGGGCAGUUGGAGCCAUCGCCUACGAAAUCUUUGGGCUUGCCAAUCCCUUUUAUGGCCAAGGCAAGGCCCACCUUGAAAGCCGCAGUUACCAAGAGGCUCAACUUCCUGCACUGCCUGAGUCGGUUCCUCGAGACAUGAGACAGCUGGUGAAGUCACUGCUCCAGCGAGAGCCCAGCAAGAGACCUUCUGCCCGAGUAGCUGCAAAUGUGCUUCAUCUCAGCCUCUGGGGUGAACAGAUUCUAGCCCUGAAGAAUCUGAAGUUAGACAGGAUGAUUGGCUGGCUCCUGCAACAAUCAGCUGUUACUUUGUUGGCCGACAGGCUCACAGAGAAGAGUUGUGUGGAAACAAAAAUGAAGAUGCUCUUUCUAGCCAACCUAGAGUGGGAAGCGCUCUGCCAGGCAGCCCUCCUCCUCUGCUCAUGGAGGGCAGCCCCUUGAUGGCUCUGUCUGGAGUGGUGAAUUACUAAAGAACUUACCAGCACCUGUGUUGUGAUAGUCUGUGAACACUGAGGGUCUCUGAGGUGUAAGAGGGUGGGAGUCAGGAGACAGGACGGUAUGGAGGGCUGGUCAACCAGAGAAGGCCUCAGGUUUGGCAAAGAGAAGGACAACGUGAGUCAGAGUUCACAGACCAGCUCCUAACUCUAGCUGUGUGAUGUGGGACAAAUCCUAUAACCUGUGUGGCUUUUUAUCUGUCAAAUGAAGAAAUUGGCCAGCUUUCUUUAGAGGGUUGGAUAGUAGAUACCUUUAAGUUGUUACAACCACUGAAUUCUGUCAUUGUAGCACAAAAGUAGCCUUAAAUAUGUAAAUGAACAAGCAUGGCUGCGUUCCCGUAGAGCUUUAUUUAUGGACACUGAAAUUUUAUUUUCAUGUGUCACUAAAUACUCUUCUAUUUUUUUUCAACCAUCUAAAAAUACACAAACCAUUUUUAGCUUGCAGGCCAUACAGAGACAGGGGACAGCCAGACCAGCCUAUAGGCCAGUUUGCCAUCCCCUGGUCUAGAUGAAUUCAGAUGGCAGAAUUCUAAAAAAAAUGCUGAUCACGAGGGCUCUUUGUAAAUCGAUGCUAAAAAUAAUGUGGAUCAUCCCUGUGUACAGAGAAAAAGGAAUGCAUUCUCUGUACCAGGCAAGGAAAUACCCUCAGGUGUAACUGCUGACUAGUAAGCCCUCCCUCGAACCCCUGUCCUCACAGUCCUCUGCAAAAUCAAUGACUUAGCAGGUCCUUUAAGUGAGGCUAGGCUGAAGAAAGUUAGGCCUGCAUCCAUUAUGCAGAGAAUCCAGGCUAAGGGAGUGGCUAUUAGUGGCAGAGCUUGGCUGUGACUUUUACCCCUAACACCAGGAAUGGCCUGUGGCUCAUUUGAAAGUGGCAGCGUGGCAUCAGUCCACAUUUGCCACCUGGGCAGACAUUUGCACAGGCCAACAUAUUCAGGUUUCAGUGUAGAAACUAUCUGAAGCCUGGGAGGGGGCAUUCUGGACCAGCGUGUUUUUGAGAAAGCAUUUCCACAGAGCUGCUCCAGCUACUGAAUUAAUCUAGCGACACUCAUGUGAAAUCAACAGUACAGGGUUUGACCUUGUUCAGUUCCCGCUUGACUAGCAUUUCUUACAGGAAUUGUGAAUUAAAUGCAAAUUUACAACCACA